GACUUUUCAAGGUGGAAGCGUCAGUGUCAGCAAGCAUCUUUCUCCUGCUUGUUUUUCUUUCAACUCUGUGAAUCUAAAUGGCUCUGCAAAUGAGUUUUGCCAUUUUUCAUCAUCUCCUACUACUAACAAUUCUGUUACCAUUUUCCUUUGUUGCUCAAACUGUUGGAAAUUUCCCUGUGGGUGCAGCCCUUACUGCGGGUGGUGGAGCCUCUCCAUGGUUGUCUCCUUCUGGGGAUUUUGCAUUUGGGUUUCAACAACUUGAAAACAAGGAUUUAUUCCUACUCUCUGUCUGGUGUGAGAAGAUUCCUGAGAAAACCAUUGUUUGGUAUGCAAAUGGAGAUAAUCCUGCUCCAAGUGGAUCAAAGGUAGAGCUGACUGCUGACCACGGGCUUGUGUCUAGAAAUCCUACAGGUGAACAAAUUUGGAGCUCCAACAUCACUAACGGCCAAGUUUCUCAUGGUGUUAUGGAAGAUAAUGGCAACUUUGUUCUUCAAAAUGGAAGUCAUGGUGUGUUAUGGCAGAGCUUUGACCAUCCUACGGAUACAUUUUUGCCUACUCAAUCAUUGGAGAUUGGCGGUGUGCUCUUUUCUAGACGAACGGAGACAAACUUCUCACAGGGAAGGUUCCAGUUGCGUUUGCUUGAAGAUGGAAAUCUUUUGCUUAAUCCCAUAAAUUUGGAAACCAAAUUGGCUUAUGAUGCAUACUAUGUUAGCAGAACCUCUGACACCAGAAAUUCUUCAAAUUCUGGUUAUAGAUUGGUCUUUGACGCUGCAGGCGGCUUGUACAUAUUGAAAAGGGGCGGUGACGGAUUUUUCCUCUCAACAGUGACCGUACCGUCUUCAGACUUUUAUCAGAGAGCAACUCUCAAUUUUGAUGGUGUUUUCGCCCAGUAUUCUUACCCGAAAAGGUCCACAGGAAGUACAAAUUGGAGCACUAUUUUCACUCAACCGGAAAAUAUUUGUACUGCAAUUAAUGGAACUUUGGGUAGUGGAGCUUGCGGAUACAACAGCAUCUGUAGCCUUAAUGAUAAGCAAAGGCCAGCCUGUACCUGCCCGCAGGGGUUUUCCCUGCUUGAUUCGAACGAUGAGCAUGGAAACUGCAAACCAGAUUCUGAAGUAGGCUGUGAAGGAGAUUGGCUUAGUUCCAUGGAAGAUUCGGUUGAUUUUGUUGAGCUUAAUAAUACUGAUUGGCCAAAAUCUGAUUAUGAGCUGCUUAGGCCUUCCAGAGAGGAGGAAUGCAGAAAUUCUUGUUUGCAUGAUUGUCUAUGUGCAGUUGCAAUUUUUAGGCGCAGUAGCUGCUCGAAGAAGAAGCUACCACUCUCGAAUGGAAGACUCGAUAGAAGUGUUGAUGGGAAGGCUUUUGUCAAAAUUAAAAAAUAUAAUUCUCUUCCAGGCGAGAGGAAAAGCUGGAGGGCUGUAAUCAUCGCAGAAUCUGUUCUCUUGGGUAGCUCUGUGUUUAUCAACUUUGUGUUUUGUCUCAGGUUUUUCUUCUACCUAAGGAAACUUAGAAAAAAUGGCCAGGGAAGGAUCUCUGUGGAAACAAAUGUGCAUUGUUUUACAUACAAAGAGCUUGCAAGAGCUACAAAUGAUUUCAAGCAAGAACUUGGAAGAGGGGCAUUUGGUGUUGUUUACAAGGGAGAGAUGCAAAUAGGGUCCAUUAGUGCAAUCGCUGUCAAAGAACUGAACGAUUUGGUUCAAAAUGGUGAGAAAGAAUUCAAAACUGAAGUACAUGUUAUUGGACGGACACAACACAAGAAUUUGGUUCAAUUGAUAGGAUUUUGUGACGAGGGACACCACCGUUUGUUGGUGUAUGAAUAUUUGAGCAAGGGCACCUUAGCACAAAUGCUCUUUGGAAAAUCAAAGCCCAGUUGGAGCCUAAGAAUUGAAAUGGCCUCAGGGAUUGCAAGAGGACUUCUGUACCUGCAUGAAGAGUGCAGCAACACCCCUAUCAUUCAUUGCGAUAUAAAGCCUCAGAAUAUACUAAUUGAUGAUAAAUGCAAUGCUCGGAUAUCAGAUUUUGGAUUGUCAAAACUUUUGAUGAUGGAUCAGAGCCACACUCGCACUACCAUUAGGGGCACAAGAGGGUACAUUGCGCCAGAAUGGUUUAUGAGGACACCUAUCACUGUGAAAGUUGAUGUGUACAGCUUUGGUGUCACGUUGCUGGAAAUUGUUUAUUGUCGAAGAAGUGUUUAUACAGAAACUGAUGGUGAGGAGAUGAUUCUGAUUGAUUGGGCUUAUGAUAGCUGUAGGGAAGGAACACUUCAUAUCUUGGUUGAAGAUGAUGUCGAUGCCAUGAAUGACCGAGAGAACCUAGAGAGGCUUGUGAAGAUUGCAAUUUGGUGUGUUCAAGAGGAUCCAUCUCUUAGACCAACCAUGAGGAAGGUGUUGCAAAUGCUUGAAGGAGUUGUUGAAGUUCCUAUUCCCCCAAAUCCUUACUCCUUUAGUGCUGAUUGUUGAAGCGAGUAAUAUAUAUAUAUAUAUAUAUAUAUAUAUAUAUAUAUAUAUAUAUA